GCCGAAAACCUAAGUUGGCAAAGCUCCCACAACCUCCCCAUCACCUCAAUCCAUCCUCCACCGACAUUUCCGCACUCUGCCUGCUCGACAGUCCGCAAUUGGGCUGUAAGGAGGAGUUGCUGCCGCCAAGAUGUCGAAGCCGCAGAGCGCCAACGGCAGUGAGUCCGAGUUCGAGUUCAUCGAAACUCCCAAGGCGCCCACGCCGACUUUUGAGAAGGUCGAGGACUGUGGAGUUCGGACGACCUCGUACCCGACCAUCAAGAAUGCGCCGCUGCCCGCUGAGGGUCCUGGCUCCGAGAGCUUCUCCAACCUCCUGCUCUUCGGCAUCCUCGGCGGCGUGCCCCUCUACCUGUCAUGGAAGCUUGGCGGAGGCUUGAAGACGGCCAUUUUCCUGGCCCUCUUCACCACCCUUCCCCUGCUUGCGGCCUUUUGGAUCGUCGCCUCGACCAUCUCGCCACGCAAGAACGAGAAAGCGAGGCUGCCCGGCCGCCCCGUCGAGCACUAUCUCACCUUCAAGAAGCCGGCCGACCAGGCCAAGUACUAUGGCCGGAACAAGAUCCCCAUGGAGACCUUCCACGAGAUGUACUUUGACGGGGACGUCGACUUCAACGGCGACGCCCUUGAGGUGCUGGAGUACCGCCACGACUGGGCCAGCUUCCGCUUCACCUUCAGCCUGAUCAAGUUCUUCCUGACGGGCUUUAUUCCAGAAGCUCUCAUGCACACCCGAUCUCAGGACGAGGAGCAGGUGCGUGACCAUUACGACCGCGGUGACGACUUCUACGGCUGGUUCCUCGGCCCGCGCAUGAUCUACACCUCGGGCAUCAUCGGGGAUAUCAACCGCGAGGAGACCCUGGAGGAGCUCCAGGACAACAAGCUCGCCGCGGUCUGCGAGAAGAUCGCCCUUAAGGAGGGCGAGCGGCUGCUCGAUAUCGGCUGUGGCUGGGGAACUCUGGCCCGCUUCGCCAGCGUCAACUACGGCGCCAAGGUUACCGGUAUCACCCUUGGCCGCAACCAGACCGCCUGGGGCAAUGGCGCGCUGCGCAGGGCUGGUGUGCCCGAGGAGCAGAGCAAGAUCCUUUGCAUGGACUAUCGCGACAUUCCCGUUCCUGAGGGCGGCUACAACAAGAUCACCUGCCUUGAGAUGGCCGAGCACGUUGGUGUUCGCCACUUCCACGGCUUCCUUAGGCAGGUCUACGACAUGCUGGAUGACGACGGCAUCUUCUUCCUCCAAAUUGCCGGUCUGCGCAAGAGCUGGCAGUACGAGGACCUCGUCUGGGGUCUCUUCAUGAACAAGUACAUCUUCCCGGGUGCCGACGCAUCGACUCCGCUCGGCUGGUUCAUUGAUAGGCUGGAGGGCGCCGGCUUCGAGGUCAAGAGCUGCGACACAAUCGGCGUGCACUACUCGGCUACCCUUUGGCGGUGGUACCGCAACUGGAUGGCCAACCGCGAGAAGGUCGAGGCCAAGUACGGCAAGAGAUGGUUCCGCAUCUGGGAGUACUUCCUUGCCUACUCCACUAUCAUCUCCCGCCAAGGCAGCGCCUCCUGCUACCAGCUUGUGCUCCACAAGAACCUCAACGCCUUCCACCGCGUCGAGGGUAUCCCGAAGCAGUAUGGCCUCAGCGGCGCUACCGCUGCCACCAAGGCUGAUAUGAAGGCGUGGGUUGAGGCCAACGCUGCUGAGUUCCCCAGCGUCCCUGCGCAGUAAAUCUGCUUGGACGGCAUGGGCUCGGUGGAUCUGUGCCGAGGCGUACUUGUCGGCCUUACCACCUGAAAACUGGAGUUGAAAAGGUGAUAGGUUCCGGUCGUUUGUGGAAUGGCACGUGGCGCGGCGCGAUGGAAUCUGUUAA